GAAUUCUUCUUACCCUCUGCUUGUCACACUGAUCUCACACACCCUCCGCCGGACUUGGGGCUACUACUUGCUGCAUCUGAAAGGCUGAAACUCUGGGAAUAAAGAAUCCCUGUAACAAUGCCGGAACCCACCAAGAAAGAUGAAACUGAAAAUGAAAGUGCACCGCCACCUCCAGAACAAACAACACCACAGGAGGGUGGAAAUGAAAAGGGUAAAGACGUGGCCAUCAGAGAAAUGACAUCUUCCUCAGAUGAAGAUGACACCUCAGUUAGUACUCCACCAGCAGAUGGGAUGUCUAAGCCAGCAGAAAGAAAAGAUUCAGUAUGGUCUCUUGGAGAAGGAGCUCCAGAAGAGUCAGAAAAACGCGAUGACUCCCAAAGAUCCACUUUAUUCGUCGAGAAACCACAGAGUGGGACAGUGAGUGUUGGUGGGAACAUUACAUUUAUAGCCAAAGUAGAAGCCAAAGAUCUUCUCCGAAAGCCAAACGUUAAGUGGUUUAAAGGGAAAUGGAUGGAUCUGGCCAGUAAAGCGGGAAAGCACCUGCAGCUGAAGGAAUCCUUUGAGCGCCACACUAAGAUUCACACAUUUGAGAUGCAGAUCAUCAAAGCUAAGGAAAACUAUGCAGGGAACUAUCGCUGUGAAGUAUCUUAUAAGGACAAAUUUGAUAGCUGCUCUUUUGACCUUGAAGUCACUGAAUCUUCCCAAGCUGCUCCAUCCAUUGACAUCAGAUCUGCUUUCAAAAGAAGCGGUGAAGGACAAGAGGAUGCAGGAGAACUUGACUUUAGUGGUCUCCUGAAACGUAGGGAGGUUAAACAGCAAGAGGAAGAGCCUGAGGUGGACGUGUGGGAUCUCCUGAAGAACGCAAAUCCCAGCGAGUACGAGAAGAUUGCUUUCCAGUACGGCAUCACCGACCUGAGGGGGAUGUUGAAGCGGCUGAAGCGCAUGCGCAGGGAGGUGAAGAAGAGUGCAGCUUUUGCCAAAGGCCUUGAUCCUGCAUACCAGGUGGACAAAGGAGGUAAAGUAAGGUUCAUGGUGGAGCUGGCAGAUCCAACAGUGGAACUCAAGUGGUAUAAAAAUGGCCAAGAAAUACGACCAAGUGCAAAAUACAUUUUUGAGCACAAAGGAAACCAGCGAAUUUUAUUCAUCAAUAACUGUACGAUGACAGACGAUGCUCGCUAUUACGUAACAGCUGGUGAUGAGAAAUGCUCCACAGAACUGUUUGUGAGAGAUCCCCCGAUUUUGGUGACCAAAGGCCUGGAGGAUACCAGCACCUAUGUUGGUGAACGAGUAGAACUGAGCUGUGAAGUGUCUGAGGAUGAUGCAAACGUGAAAUGGUUUAGAAAUGGCGUAGAACUUACCAACGAUCCUAAAUCUCGGUAUCGAAUUAAGGUUGAGGGUAAAAAACACACUUUGAUCAUAGAGGAAGCUGCCAAAAAUGACACUGCAACUUACUCAGUAAUGACAACUGGAGGGCAAUCAGAAGCCAAGCUUGCUGUUGACCUGAGACCACUGAAGAUAUCACUUGCACUAGAAGACCAGACUGUGAGGCUGGGACAGGAAAUCCACUUGAAGUGUGAGAUAUCUGAGAAUGUGGAAGGGAAAUGGUACAAAAAUGGGCAGCUGAUUGAAGCUAGUGACCGUGUAAAGCUUUACCACAAAGGAAGAAUCCACAGAUUUGUUAUACCAGUUUCUGCUGUUGAUGAUGAGGGUGAAUACAUGUUUGUGCCAGAUGCCUACAACAUUAAUAUUCCAUGCAAAGUUCAUAUUGUAGAUCCUCCUAAACUUCACCUGGAUGGUCUUGGGGAAAACAACACUGUGACAGUAGUGGCAGGAAACAAACUACGACUUGAGAUCCCUAUCACUGGUGAACCAACUCCAAAAGUGUUUUGGAGUAGAGGGGACAAGAUGGUCACAGAUAGUGGGAGAAUACGGGCAGAAACAUACCCAGACAGCAGCUGCCUGGUCAUUGAUGCAGCUGAGAGGGACGAUUCGGGUGCUUUCAGAAUCACUUUAAAGAAUGAGGCUGGAGAGGACACAGCUCUAAUCAACAUUAAAGUGGUUGAUGUCCCUGAUCCUCCUCAGGCACCAAAUGUGACUGAGGUGGGUGAAGAUUGGUGUAUUAUGACGUGGGAACCUCCAGCAAAUGAUGGUGGAUCACCCAUUUUAGGAUACUUCAUUGAGAGGAAAAAGAAACAGAGCUCCAGGUGGAUGAGGCUGAAUUUUGAACUGUGUAAGGAAACAACUUUUGAGCCAAAGAAAAUGAUUGAAGGUGUUGCUUAUGAGGUUCGUGUGUUUGCUGUCAAUGCCAUUGGCAUGUCCAAGCCAAGUAUGCCUUCCAAGUCCUUUGUUCCUUUAGCUGUCACCAGCCCCCCAACUCUGCUGGCAGUGGACAGCGUGACCGACACGUCGGUGACAAUGAAGUGGAGGCCACCAGACCAGAUUGGGGCAGCAGGGCUGGAUGGCUACGUGGUGGAAUACUGCUUUGAAGGAAAUGGAUUCUCUCAAGGUUUAUCGACAGAUCUGUCUGAGGAAUUGGGGGAGCCACCUUUUAACCUGGAAGCCGAUGAAUGGAUCGUGGCUAACCCAGAGCUGACAGACAAAACAAAGUUUACCAUCAAUGGCCUUCCAACUGGCUCGAAAAUCCUUGUGAGAGUAAAAGCUGUGAAUGCUGCUGGUGAAAGUGAGCCCAAGUACCACCCACAGCCUAUUCUAGUCAAGGAAGUGAUAGAACCUCCAAAGAUUCGUCUACCAAGACACUUAAAACAAACUUAUACUCGAAGAGUUGGAGAAACUGUGAAUCUUGUUAUUCCUUUCCAGGGAAAACCAAGAGCAAAAGUAUCGUGGGAGAAAAACGGUUCUCCGAUCGACAAGAACGACAUCAACAUCCGCAACACGGAGAACGACACCAUCAUCUUCAUCCGAAAGGCAGAACGGGGGCACUCCGGGGAGUACGACAUGAAAGUGGAGGUGGAGAACCUGGUGGACAAAGCUACAAUAGAUAUUCAGAUCGUUGAUCGCCCAGGCCCACCAGAGGUUGUAACUAUUGAGGAUGUCUGGGGAGAGAAUGUAAAUUUAUCAUGGAAGCCACCAAAAGAUGAUGGCAAUGCUGCCAUUACUGGGUACACUAUUCAAAAAGCAGAUAAGAAGAGUAUGGAGUGGUUCACCGUGAUCGAGCACUAUCACCGCACCAGUGCCACCAUCAACGAGCUGGUCAUAGGCAACGAGUACUACUUCAGGGUCUUUGCUGAGAACAUGUGCGGCCUCAGCGAGGAUGCAACCAUGACCAAAGAGAGUGCUUUGAUUGCAAAGGAUGGUAAAGUCUACAAGUACCCAGUUUACGAUGACUUUGACUUCAGCGAGCGGCCGCUGUUCACUCAGCCCCUGGUGAACACGUUUGCUGUAGCUGGUUACAAUGCCACCCUGAACUGCAGCGUCCGGGGCAACCCCAAGCCCAAAAUAACCUGGAUGAAAAACAAAGUGCUCAUAAUGAACGACCCAAGGUACCGGAUGUUCAGCAACCAAGGGGUGUGUACCUUGGAGAUCCGCAAACCCAGCCCCUACGAUGGAGGCACUUACACCUGCCGAGCAGUCAAUGAACUGGGAGAGGCAGAAGUGGACUGCAAACUGGAAGUAAGAGUGAUCUAUCAUGGAGUAAUUAAUCCAGGAGAACCACUCAGCUUGGCGGGGGAUAAUCAGUUACACAGUAAGGAUUUUUGAAUGUAUAUUGUCAUCUAAGGUGGGCUUUCGUUCUUCAAGCUAUUAAUGGAUGGAGUGCCUCCGCAUAUCAUUGACUCGUAUAUGCGUGAAGUGCAGGCAGACAAAACCGAAGGGAAGUGAGACUCCGUCCACAGUGCUUCCUCCCACUGCACUGGAAGUUGGUAGCAGAAUAACAUUUUAGCUCUUGCAAUGACAGAAAAACACGUGCAGUGGGGGAUCUUACGACUUCUUUUUUUUUUUCCCCCUAAUUGUCCUUUUGUUUUCCCUACCUGCUCUUACUGAAAAGAAAGAAUACGCAUGGAUUGCUUUGAGGUUGAAAUGAACUGAAGACAACACACGUUUUGUAAUGUUCAGCUUUAUUUUCUGUUUGAUAUCGUGUUCUGUUUUUUAAUGAGGAAAGAGGGGAAGCUGUGUGACAAGCAUAAGGAGGCAGUCAGUCUGUACUCAGUGGUACAAAGCAUAUCUUCCUCACACUGGAAGUACAUGAUUAGCCUGUAGAUGUGCAAUAAGAUCCUUGGAAUACAUACCUCUGAUAAUGUAUCUUAUUCACCUGAGAAUUGUUUAACAGAAUAUGGUUUCACUAUAAUGUAACUAAUGCAUAUGUAAUUAAUGAUCAUUUAAGCUGAACAUAUCUUCCUAUAGAAGUUUUGAUUUCCUAAAUCUGACCCAUGGGUCUCUCAACUUAACUGGAACUGUUUUAUUUAAUGUACAAUAAACAUGAAGUGUUUAAGAUGUA